AUGUCACCUGUUUUGGACGUGACUGUGUCGCGGCUUGACCGGCUUUACCUGGCUCGGGUUGCUGAUCAGGCGGAUCGUUACAAAGAUGUCGUCGCCCACAUCAAGAGCCUCAUAAACAGCCCGAACGACCAGCUGACGAUCGACGAACGAAACUUGCUGUCCAUCGCUUUCAAGCACAUAACGGGUCAGCUACGGAAUCAAUGGCGGGUCAUCGACACCCUCGAGAAGCGGGAGGCGCCACGAUCGACGCCACAGCAGGUCGCCCUCAUGCACCUCCAGAAGGAGCGGAUACGGCGCGAGCUCGACGGCGUCUGCCUCGAGAUAGUCGAACUCCUCGAAAAGUUCCUCAUCCCGUCCUCAAACCCUGGAGAAGAGAAGGUUUUCUACAGCAAAAUGAGGGGCGACUACUACCGCUACCUGGCCGAGUUCACAAAGGACCAGCCGGACGACAAGAACGCGUCCUCGUCGCUCGACGCGUACAAGUUUGCGUACAAGCACGCCAACUGCACGCUCGAGCCGACACACCCGACGCGCCUCGGGCUCGCGCUUAACUUUGCGGUCUACUACCACGACAUCGCGGACAGCCCCGAGCGCGCGUGCUUCCUCGCCAAGCACGCGUUCGACGAGGCGAUCCAGGCCGCGUCGACGAUGCCCGAGGGACAGGCUCUGGAGGAUUCGCUCACGAUAUUGCAGCUCCUCCGCGAUGACAUGAUCCUCUGGUCUGGAGAGAUACAGUAGCCACUCUCAACCGGCCUAUCACUUGGUUUGGAUAUUAAUACUGCUCUAGCUGGCUAUGUCGCCUGUGUAUUCGGAUGCUGGUCAUGUAGCCCAAUGCCAUCACGACUCUACUCAGACUGGUU